AGGCUGUUCGUCUUUUCUGCGCUUUCCGCACUGAAGAUGAGAAGCUGGGAUCCUCCUUGCGCUUGAGGGCACCCCGAGGUCAUCCAGCCCUCCUUAAAGCAGCAUGAAUGAAGAAGGGAAAGAAAAAGGAGGCUUCAGGACAGACACACCCCGAAUAUCCACGAAGGAGUUUCAUCCCUUUCUGGAGAAGAAUGAAUUUUGGAAUAUUUCCCAGAAGAAACUGUACUUGGACCAAAAUGGAGAGAUAAAAGCAGAUAUGGGCCUUUGGGGCUCUUUGGUUCUCCCCAAGGAGGAUGCCAGGAUAGAGAUUCUGGCCUAUUUUCAAAGACAGAGACUUUCUAUCAACCAACAUGCUCUUUCAGAGCUAAAGUUGCUCAAUAAGUCUCUGCCUCAGUCCAGAUGUGGGGAAUAUUGUCACCCUGGAUUUGUCAAGAGGGCUCAACAAGGAGAGCCAGUUUGCUGUUAUGACUGCGUUCCUUGUCCGGAGGGGACCUUCUCCACUCAGGAAGAUACAAAAAAGUGCACCAAGUGUCCAGAGGAUAAAUAUCCAAAUGUGGACAGAGUCCAAUGUAUCCCCAAAGUCAUAAUCUUUCUGUCUUAUGAAGAACUUCUGGGCAUCGUCCUGGUCUCUUUUGCCUUAUUCUUCUUCCUAACCACAGGCCUUGUUUUAAUCAUCUUCAUUAAAUACCGAGAAACUCCCCUUGUCAAAGCCAACAACCGGGACCUCUCCUACAUCCUCCUGGUCUCCCUCCUGCUUUGCUUCUUGUCUCCUCUUCUCUUCAUUGGUCAACCAAGGAAAGCCACCUGCCUUCUCCGACAGACGGUCUUCAGCCUCAUCUUCUCAGUUGCCGUUUCUUCUCUCUUGGCCAAAACCAUCACGGUGGUGCUGGCCUUCCUGGCCACAAAACCAGGAAACCGAGUGAAGAGAUGGUUGGGGAAGAGCUUGGCCAACUCCAUCAUCCUUUCUUCUUUUGCUGUCCAAAUUAUCACCUGCUCCAUCUGGGCCCCCCCACCUCCCGGCUCCUCCCGUCUCUUGGCUCUGCCCAACGGGUCCAAACCUCGAGAGCUCCACGAACUCUUGGCCUCCCGCUUCUCUGCUCACCAGGACGCUGCCUCGCCCUUCCCACAGGGGGCGCCCUUCCCCUCGUUUAGCCUAAGCGGUCAGCCCCACCAAGGCUCCCUCGGGCGCCCCCCGAAGGUCCUCCGCGCUUUGCCUUCAGCCGAAGCCCUUUGCGAACCCAGCCGGGCGGAGUUCAAGGGCGAGAAGGGCCGCUUCGUGGGUCUGCAGCGUGUUUGUGACGCUCCCUUACGCAGCGCUUACACAGCGGAGGAAAACGCCGCCAGCCCCGCUGGACCCAAGAGAGGGCAGAGCUGCCCAUCAGAGCCAGUGGCAGAGAAGGAGUUCGAGCCCCUUGGAGAAGCUGGGCGGAGGAGGGAAGAGCCUCCCGGGACGGUGGGGCUGGAUGGCCAGCACGGAGGGCCCUCUGCACAUCCCCAGAGGCCCUUCUCGCCCUUCAGCUCCGCCCGGCUGCGUCCCCGAACGGGAAGGCUGAGGCAGCGCUCUGGCUUAGACCUGCAGGGGGCGCCUCUCGGAGUUUAG